AUGCCGCCCCCAGUCGUGUGCAGCACCGAGCGUGUGGAAGUAACGGCCUUCUCCUCUGCGGUCAUAACACAGAACUCGGGCCAAACGCCGGACUCAGGAAGAGAAAAAGUGAAGAAGAAGAAGCCAAAAGCCGGGACUGCCAGAAUCUGCACUUACAUAACACUGGUCAUUAGCACUGUGGCGUCAGAGGGGCCUCCACUCUGGGGCCUCCACUCUGGGACCUCCACUCUGGGACCUCCACUCUGGGACCUCCACUCUGGGACCUCCACUCUGGGACCUCCACUCCGGGACCUCCACUCUGGUGCCUCCACUCUGGGACCUCCACUCCGGGACCUCCACUCUGGGGCCUCCACUCUGGGGCCUCCACUUUGGGGCCUCCACUCUGGGGCCUCCUCUCUGGGACCUCCACUCAGGAGCCUCCACUCUGGGACCUCCACUCUGGGGCCUCCUCUCUGGGACCUCCACUCUGGGACCUCCACUCAAGGACCAGCACUCUGGGACCUCUACUCUGGGACCUCCACUCAAGGACCUCCACUCUGGGGCCUCCACUCUGGGACCUCCACUCUGGGACCUCCACUUAGGGACCUACACUUAGGGACCUCCACUCAGGAGCCUCCACUCUGGGGCCUCCACUCUGGGGCCUCCACUCUGGGAUCUCCACUCUGGGACCUACACUCUGGAACCUCCACUCUGGGACCUCCACUCUGGAACCUCCCCCCUGGGACCUCCACUCUGGGACCUCCACUCUGGGGCCUCCACUCAAGGACCUCCACUCAAGGACCUCCACUCUGGGACCGCCACUCUGGGACCUCCACUCUGGGACCUCACAGCUAG